CAGACGGGGAAUUUGGACUACACUGAAACCCACCAUCCACCUCCUGGGGGCAGUGCUACGGCCUACACUGAGCCAUACUUGGAGGACCUAAACCAUGACAUCCAGAGUCCGGAGCCUGAGCUGCUUUACUACGGACGAGAUCCAGAUCCAGAUCCAGAUGUGGGUCAGGAACACCUCCAGCAUCAGAUUGAAGCAGUCACUGCGGACAUGAAGGAGUUGUCGUGGGACGGCAGCGGCGCUCAGGACUGGCAGCAGGCCAAUUCUCCGAUGACAGUUUGUGCUCCCCCAGCUUCCACAUUGGCUGCCAGCCAGGCCUUCACUUAUCAUAACACAGAUAGUGCUGAAGUCACAUCAGCCUGGCCACAUUGUGCUCUGAGUGACCAGCCAUCAGCAGAACAGGGGGCUUGGUCAUACUCUGGAGCGACCACAAUGGGGGUUCAGAUGCAGGAAGACCACUUCAGUCCUCAGGGGCAGCAGAGCACCCCCCAGAGUUCAGAGGCCUACGAGCAGAACAGCGAGCCCCCUAAACAGGCCGGAUGGUUCAGUGGUUGGUUCAAAUCCAAACCUAAAGACGUUCCAGAGGAGAGAACAGAGCAGAGAAGCACAGCUCAGACGGAUUUCCCCCCGACGUUUGGCUUCUGUCCCUCCCCUCCGCCUGCCAUUCCACCUCCUGCCAUUGCACCUCCUGCCAUGUUUCCUUCCCAGCCUUCUUCUGCUGGGAUCAACCCCUUUUCAAGGAAAGCAGUUUAUUCAAAUUAUAGUGGGGGACCUUAAGAUGCCUAAAGGACAGCUGAAGAAACCAAACCACGAUAAAGUUGCGGUAAGCAUGCCGUGAACAACAAGCCCCUCUUCGAAGAGAGCGGAGCUAGCGAGAGAGCUAGCGAGAGAGCUAGCUUUAGCCAGCGAGACACCGAAGGGCAACGUGAGGAGGGAAACAUGGUGAACCUGGACGUGAUUCUUCGAGAAUUGAUAGAGUUUCGACAAGAAAACGGCGAGCGGCUGCGGGACAUCAGGGAAGAUAUAAAUAAGACAAACAAUAGAAUUGAUGAAGCUGAAGAGAGAAUUGCAGAAGCAGAAGAGAGAUUAGAAAGUGUGGAGGGCGCGGUGUCGGAGUUGCUGAAGCUACAGACAUACAUGGAAGCCAGGCUAACGGACCACGAGGGCCGAUCCAGAAGAUAAAAUAUUAGGAUACACUGUGUCUGUGAAGGGGCUGAAGAAAACUCACCCUCAGUGAUUUCCUUUGUUGAGACGUUACUGAAAGAGAAUCUGGAGCUUCCGCCCUC